AUGUCGGAUUAUUCAUCUCAAACGGUAGCUCAAUUAAAAGAGAUCUUGAAAGGAAAAGGAUUAUCAAUUGAAGGUAAAAAGGCCGAUUUAGUUCAAAGAUUACAAGAACAUGAACCUCAACAACAACAGCAACAGCAACAGCAACAGCAACCAGAACCAGAACCAGAAGUAACCGAGCAACAACAACAGCAACCAGAAACUAAAUUAGAGGAAAAUUCACAAGAAAAUGAAAGCACACUAACUGUUAUUCAACCAAAAGAACAACAAGAACAAGAAGAAGAACCAAAACCAAAACAAUUAUCUCCAGAAGAAAGGAAACAAUUAGCUAUUGAAUUAUUGACUAAAAAAGUUCAACGUGCUGAAAAGUUUGGUGAUGAACAAGCUGCUAAUGAUGCAAGAAAAGAUUUGGCAAGAGUAGAGAAAUUCGGGGUUGAAGUAGGAACAGCAUUGGCUAGAGAAAUUGGAUUAGUGGAUAAUUCUUUAUCAAACAAGAAAUUUAAUCAUCAUAAACGUAAUAAUAGACGUGGAUUCAAAGGCAAUAAGGGUAGAAAGGGUGGAUUUGGAAAAAAUCGUAAUUAG